AUGUCCAAUCAAAAACUGUCGACGUUGGAGCGGGUUUACCCGCCGCGUCGCUACAGCGUCAUCGAAAUCGCGACCCCUGGCGGCGGCAUGAGUCACUGCGGCAGCGACUCGCGUAAGUCGAGCAACUGCAGCGGCGACGGUCGGCGACUGUCGGUGCUCGACGCGCUGCAUGGAGCGCCGCACCGCAUCAGCAACGCCGCCGACCUGCACUACCCGCCGAAGCGGCGACCGAGCAGCAUCGACCACGUCAUCCGUCUGUCGCCGCGUCGCGCCAGCGCCGUACAGCGCACGUCGCUCAUCGAGUCGAUCGAGGAGUCGCCGCAGUCGUCGCCACGCUCGUCGACGUGCGGCAGCGGCUCGAACCGCGUCAGCGUCCGACUCGACGGCCGCCUGCAGGUGCCGACCGCGCACGACUUCCAGUCGAUCGACCUUCACCUUGACCUUGGCGACCUGAAGCGCGGCCGCUCGCUGUCGUGCUACGGCGCCUACCUGCCGCACAAGAUCACCGUCACGGGCGACACGAUACAGAUCCACCAGCGCGAGCCGGACGGCGGCGGCGGCGGCAAGCAGCAGCGAAGCUCGUGGUCGCAGCAGCUGCGGCAGAUGAAAAACCUCAUCGUGCUCGCAGUCGCUUACAUGCUCGUUUUCGUCGGCUUCAGCGGGCUGCGCUCGCUGCAGAGCGUGCUCGCGCUUACCGACCGCGGCGACGUCGGCCUCCUGUCGCUGUGCACGCUCUACGCGACCAUGUGUCUCACGGGCGUCUUUAGCUCAGCGCUGACCAACCGCCUGACGCCCAAGUGGACGGUGGUCAUCGCCUUUGUGCUGUACAGCGUUUACUUCGCCGCGAAUCUGCACCCGCGGCUCUACACACUCGUACCGGCUUCGGUGCUCGCUGGCGCCAUGUCUGGCCCGCUGUGGAACGCGCAGACGCUCUAUCUGUACGCGACGUCGCGCAAGUACGCCUUCCUCACCGAGGAGCUCACGGAACGCAUUCUUAACCGCUUCAACCGCCUAUUCGGCGCCAUCUUCCACUGUAGCGCCAUCGUCGGCAAUGCCGUCGCGCUCGUCGUCUACCGCAGCAGCCGACGUCUGCGCGCGCCCGUCGCCGGCGCCGAGCCGACGAAUGGCACGUGGGCGGGCGCCUGGGAGGAGGAGCGAAACACGACGAGCUGCAGUGCGCAGGCGUGCGUCGCUCGUAACGCGACGGCGGCGGCGUCCGGCGGCGGCGGCACGUACGUGGUGCAGUACGCCGGUCAGCAGCUGGACAGUUGUCUGCUGCUGACCAGCGUCUACAUCGGCUGCGGCCUGCUGGGCGUCGCUCUCAGCACGGCGCUACUCGACAGACUCGAACCGAGCAUGCGCGAAUCGCCGAGCCGGAAGUCGUGCGUGCGCUUGACGCUGCGCAUGCUCAAGGCUCUGCAGGACGGACGCGUGCUGUGUCUGGCUCUCCUCAUCGUCUUCACGGGGAUGGAGCAAGCGUUUAUCUUCGCCGACUUCACCAGGGCGUACGUCUUCUGCACGCUCGCCAUCACCGACGUCAGCCAGACGAUGAUCUGCUACGGCAUGACGGCCGUCGUCUCCGUGGUGACGAUCAGUCACGUGACGAAGCACAUCAACCGGCUGGCAAUCCUCGGUGCGGGCCUCGUCUUCCAGAUGUGCCUGCUCAUGGUGCUCUGGCUGUGGAAGCCAGCGCGCGACGACCAACCCGUCUUCUAUGUGCUCGCCGCCGGAUGGGCGCUAUGUGACGUCAUCUGGAACUCGCAGAUUUACAACCUCAUAGCGCUGCUUAUGGGCGACAUGUACGAGUACGCCUACAACGCCCUCUACAUGCUCCAGGCGCUCGGCAUGGCCAUCGCCUUCGGCUACAGCAGCUACCUAUGCGAAGAGCUGAAGAUCUACAUGAUGACGGGCAUGCUCGGGGCCGGCCUCUUCUUCUACAGCAUCAUCGAGCUCAGAAUUCAGAAACUGAAGCGGGAUUACGUCACGACGUUCUAAUCGCACCCGGCUACAACCUUGACGCGACCUCUAGCGGCCGUCUGGAGCAUCCCGAUCGUGCCCGGUCGCAGCUGACGUAGAUAUCUACUACAUAAACAGUAUAUUUCACAUAUACUGCGUAAUUAUAGUCGAUUUUUGUCGCGGCCGAUACGUCAGCGGUGACGCGUGCUGUCAUCUGGUGGCUUGUUAACGGCCGACCGCACUCCCCGGCUGAUAGAGACAAGUUCGCAACCUGGGAAUUUUCCCCGCUGGGAGUUCUCGACCAGAAUUAUUUCGGCGUCCUAUUGCCGUCAAUCUUAUCUUCGUUAGGGAAGAUAUCGGAUGUCGUAUUACGGUAUUCGCACACCAAUCGUCGCGUGAGAAUUCUAGCGUCUGCUGAUGGCGUUUCGUUAGGGUUUGCCUUUGCAUAGCAGCGGACUGAGGAAGCGUUGUGUAUCUUUCACUACUGCCGACUUUUUCUUACACGCUCACUUCCUUUAUCCUCUCACAUUAUCCUCCUAUAUAACUGUCUAUCUAUCUACCUCUUUCGCUCACUCCCUCUUCUUCUCUCUACUUGUCUAACCCGGUCCUUGUCUCGCUCUUUCAAUCUCCCUCUAUCUGUUUCCUUAUGCUGCUUUCUUCUCGCUCGCCCACACAUCUCUCCGUCUAUAUGUUGCUCUACUGCGCUCCCCCUCUCUCUUUCACACUUGAAAGUUACGAUUUGACACGCGUAAUUCGAAAAUUGAAUUUAGCGGAGCGGGAGUAGAUCCCUGGAUAAAACCCAACGGCGUGGAAAUCCUAACCUCCCCCCCUCCUUCUGUCACGCACGCUUCUUAGCCACCUGGCUUCCGACUUCUGAAAUUCGUCGCGGUCGGGAGAACGCGGCCCCGACAGUCGGUUUUCUCGAGCUGUACUAGCGUGCGGGACUAAGACCUGCCUGCUUAGCGUCGUUCGCUCGGCGGCAUUACAAGCUUGAGUCGCCGCGUAACUUAGACGCGCUCGACUGAUAACAGCGUCUUCGUGAUUGAGGCGCUUAGCGGUGCGUGCAAACGACGAACACCGAGAUAGAGAGCGAGAGGGAGAGAAGAGAGAGACUGAGGGAGGGAGAGCGAACGAGGAAAGCAUGAGAGCGACAGAGAGAGAGAGAGAGAGAGAAAGAAAGAAAGAGAAGAGAGAGAGAGGGAAAAGGGGUAUUUGAUAGAGAAAAACAGGCAGAAAGAAUGAUGGAGAAAAAGUGGAAGAAAGAGAGAGCGAGGGAAAGAGAGAAAUUAAUAUUUUGGAAUGCCCUCGUCUAUGGUUGGAAAACACUAAUGAAUCCUGUAUUUUAAUCGUAUACGAUUUCCCUACACCUUAUAUAUAUGACUUUUUCCCUGCCUCUGGCAGGAUUCGCAGAUUUUUCCAAUACCAUUCCUCUGUGUAGUCGUUGUUUUCAUAUGUUAAACACAAAUUCAAUGUAUAUCUAAAUGUUGGUUGCAUAGGUUAAUAUUUAAGUCUCAAACAGUUAUUCUCAUUCAAUUAGUACCUGUAUGUUGCUAUGUGCGAGGCUAGAACUAAUGCUGUGACAACGAUUGUGGUAAAAUGUUGGGAAUUCAAAUUUGCUCGUAUUAUUAUGGAGUGCAAGUCUGGAACUAUACGUCACCUGCGUGCGAGUUAUUUAGCUGUUGCUUCCGAAUGUAAAUAUAUAUGUAUAUAUAUAUAUGUAAUACCCAAUACCUUCCCUUUAUAUAUAAUCUAUACACGAUUGAUCUGCAGAAGAUGUGCAGAACGUCGCAGUGCAAUUAUAUGGUACAUCACUGUUUAUUUUACACAUGUUCAUCAACAACUUACACAAAUACAGUGAUUACAAAUAAAACUGCUUUAAUAUUUAUCUGGAUAAA